GAUCAUAACUACCUGACCACUGCAGGUUUUUAGUAGUUUUCUUGUUAUCUGUUGAUCUGUUGCAGUAGUGUAGGUAGUGCUAGUGGCUAGCGCAGUGCUAGAAGGUUCACACACCUGAUUCUAGAUAGUAAAUGAAUUCAGCCGCCUAGGACCUAGGUCCACGUUCAUAAAUAUGUCAAAGUAGUUAAUAGAUCCUAAUGCUGAAUGUGUACUACAUUGACUGCUAAUUUCUAAUGUCAUGUUAUCCUUCCAUUAUUUUAUAAACUGCUCGAGUGUUGAAGUUUUUAACAUGUUAAUGCACUUGCAUUGAGUUGCGCAACUUAGUUUUCAAGACAGCCUAAGGUAAGUUCAUUUCGAAAUGAUUACAUGAAUUGUGUAGAGCUCUGACUAUUCUACUCUUACUAUAUUACUUGGAAAGGGCAGGUGUGGAUGCAGGAUUUCAUUCCAACCCAGCAGAAGCCACACCUGAUUCUACUGAAAACCCAGAUCAUCUGAUUAUACAGGAGGAAACAUGUGUGUCGUCUGAUUGAUCGGAAUGAAAACCAGCAACCACACCUGCCCUUUCCCGGAUUGGACACACCCGUAAAUGAUUCACACACUGAUUAAUAUCUAGGACCAAUUUAACAAAACUGACCAACAGACAGUAGCCUGAGCUCAGGAUGGAACCAGGGAUCGUUUUCCUGCUGUUUCACCAUAUCUCAGGGUUUCGCAUAAUACAUUUGUAGGGAAAAAGAUUCUUCAUAAACAAACACAAGAAGCGAUACAAACAUUCUAUUCUAGAAAAAAGAUGUUGAGUAAUUUCACAAUAAAAUUUCUAGUGCCACUAAACCUGUUAAAACAGAUGACUGGCUGUUUUUCCCUCAAGCACAUGGGGGAUAGCCGUAAAUACAUGAGGAUAAUAUCCCUGCAGUCAUCUAAAAGCUAAUGGUUUUCAUUCAGCUAAAUGCCAGUUAAAGUAAAAUAUUUUCAUGUGGUGAAUUUAAGGUUUUUAAAGGCUUACAUUUUACCAAUGGAUGUUUUUCCAUGUGAACUGAUAGUUUAACCUUGAAACACUGAAAGGAGGUGCAUAUAAAACCCUCAGCAGGCACAACAUUCUGUCCCUUAGAGUGAUGGAGUGAGGAGAGAUAGAACGAGUGUGUGUGUGGGUGGGAAAGAGGACUCUGGAGACGCGUUUAUUUUAUGGCAGUUUCUGAAAACACAUAAACAUAUGUAAGUAUCUUGUCGGUAAUCAGGCGCAGGUGAGAAUUGGCUCGCAUUAUCUGCAGAUUCUCUCCUGCUUCCUCUCCGUUCUCAUCGACGUUCUGACACCCCCUGCUGCCACAGUGAGAGAUAUUUCAGAGAAGCGUGAGGAAUUGGUUUGUACAUGAUGGCGGUGAGGUGUACAACUCGGAGCGGUUCUCCAGCUCGAACUCUAGUCAUGAUGGAAGGACCAGGUCAGGUAAGAGCCUGCCACAGUGGGAGUAUACCUGUUGUAAAAGACACGCUAUUUCCAGCAAGCAGCUCUACCGUAAGAGCCUUCAAUGAGAUUCCGGGAAUGUGGAAGAACAGCAUAGGGAACCUCUACACCUUCUGGAAACUUGAUGGAUUCAAGAACAUCCAUCACAUAAUGGUCCAUAACUUCAACACAUUUGGGCCCAUUUACAGGGAGAAAAUUGGGUACUAUGAAAGUGUGAAUAUUAUCAACCCUGAGGAUGCUGCUAUCUUGUUCAAAGCAGAGGGUCACUACCCUAAGAGGCUUAGAGUGGAACCUUGGACAUCUUAUCGGGAUUUUAGGAAUCGCAAAUACGGUGUUCUUCUGAAAGAUGGAGAGGACUGGAGAUCCAACAGAGUCAUUCUGAACCGGGAGGUAAUCUCCCCGAAGGUGCAGGGGAACUUUGUACCAUUGCUGGAUGAAGUAGGCCAGGACUUUGUGGCUCGAGUUCAUAAAAAGAUUGAAAGAAGUGGACAGAAUAAAUGGACGACGGAUCUGUCACAUGAGCUCUUCAAGUAUGCACUGGAAUCUGUGAGUGCAGUAUUAUAUGGUGAACGUCUGGGGCUGCUGUUGGACUACAUUGAUCCAGAGGCUCAGCACUUUAUUGACUGCAUCACUCUCAUGUUUAAGACCACCUGUCCCAUGCUGUACAUCCCUCCUUCCAUGUUACGACGGCUUGGAGCCAAAGUCUGGAAAGACCACGUGGAAGCAUGGGAUGGAAUUUUUAAUCAGGCGGACCACUGUAUCCAGAACAUCUACAGGCAGCUGAGGAAGGAGUCUGGAGCUCAAAACAAAUAUCCCGGGGUACUGGCCAGCCUUCUCAUGCUUGACCGACUGUCCAUUGAGGAAAUCAAGGCCAGUGUGACUGAGCUCAUGGCUGGAGGGGUGGACACGACAUCUAUCACCCUCCUCUGGACUCUCUAUGAACUGGCACGGCACCCUGACCUCCAGGAAGAGCUGAGGGCAGAGAUCAUUGCAGCUCGUGCCGCCUCACAGGGAGACACAGUGCAGAUGCUGAAAAUGGUACCACUGCUCAAAGGUGCUCUAAAAGAGACACUCAGGCUACACCCAGUAGCAGUAAGCCUGCAAAGAUACAUCACUCAAGAUGUCAUGAUCCAAAAUUACCAUAUUCCAUCUGGGACAUUAGUGCAGCUGGGACUGUAUGCCAUGGGCAGAGACUAUCGUAUCUUCCCCAGACCAGAGCAAUAUCUGCCCUCUCGCUGGCUGAGGAAUGAAAGCCACUACUUCAGGAGUUUGGGCUUCGGCUUCGGGCCUCGUCAAUGCCUUGGGCGCAGAAUUGCAGAGACGGAGAUGCAGCUCUUCCUCAUCCACAUGUUGGAGAACUUCAAGAUUGAGAAGCAGAGACAGCUAGAAGUGAGGAGCACGUUUGAGCUUAUACUGGUUCCUGAGAAACCCAUCCUGUUAACUAUAAAGCCUCUACACAGCAGUUAAUGACAAACUCCUUCUAGAAGGUUUCACAUGAACAGAUAAGUUUGGUCAAGGUUGUGUAAUGACCGCUGGCAGGUGAUGCAAAGUCGAUGUGCGAGCAAAUCCAUGACUGUAUUCACUGAGUCUGGUCAACAUGUCCUGCUUUUCUUUCCCCCACUGCCUGGCGUUCUCCUCCAGCUAUGAACACAACACUGACUCAGUUCUCAGAAGCUCACAGAAGAUACAUUUCAACAUUUGUGUUCUCUUAAAAUGAGCUACUGGAACUGGACACACACCUGUUUGCCCAGCAUACGGACACAGGCCUCCGCUCUCUCAAGCUGCUCCAACAGUCGGAGCUUCUCACUGUCUGUAAAAGGCUGCUGGGUUUUAACAGAAGAACAGUGAUCAACAAAUGAUGGCAUGCUGUAAUUUAAUAAUACAAGCAAAUCUUAUUUGUCAUCUGUCAGACACUGUGAAAUGUUUUACUGAGAAUUCACUUAUUUUUACCUUGCGGAUUUGAACUGCUUUGUGUGUGUAAAGAGAAUUGUGAGACUGUAUUCUUGUAAUCUUUAUGUAACCUAAUUUUGUAUGAUCAAAAGUUAUGAACUGACCCUACUUAUGUAUUAAAAUGUUUGGCAUUCUGAAUAUA